AAGCCACAGACACCCCAUCCUGGCCCUCAACAGGGAACUCCAUGUUUUUCUCGGAGUCAGGCUCAGAUGGAGGCAUGACAGACAUCCAGCAACCAUUUCUCUUCGACUUUUCUUAGUGUUGUGAUGCUGCACUGUGUCCUGGCCCUCCUGAAGAGAGUCUGGACACCUAUUGUGUGCAGUGGAAUGGUCCCUUGUGAAGCUGAGCAUGUGGUCCGUGUGCGUAGGUCUGCAGUAGACACAGGUUUCCAGUUCUCCUUUGUCCAGUCUCCUUGUGUCGGUCCCAAGGAAUGGGAGUCUGUUGUCUGUUUCCUCUUCACCUGUAAAUUUGAUCCCAGGGGAUAUGUUGUUAAGUGGGUGGUGUGUUUCUUCGAUUUGGGAGCAUUUGAUGAUGACAAUGGUGACAUCGACGUAGCGCGUCUAGAAUUUUGGUUGGAUGAUGGGUGGAGCUAUGGAUUCGAAUCAUUGCGUAACUGCUUCUGUUAUUAGGCCUGAUAUGGGUGAUCCCAUCGAGGCACCUUGCACUUGCUUGUACAUUUUCCCCUUGACUUUGAAGGAUGUGUUGAGGCAUAGAUCCAGAAGUUUCGUGAUGGUUUCUGUGGGCAUGGAGUAUUCUGUAGUGGCAUCAUCCUUGUAAGUAUGGUGGGUAUGGCAUCAUCCUUGUGGGUAGGUGUUUAAUGAGUAGAUGGUAAAUGGUUUGGGUUAGCCAGGGCGAUGUCAAACGAGAGGAAGAGGGUGGUGAUAUUGAAGGAAACCAUAAUUUCUUCCUUAUUGAUCUUGGUGUGUUGGAUACAUUGGAGAAAGUGUUCUGGGGAGUUUAUUGAUUUGAGUUGUUGACCAGGUAUUUGAGUUUCCUCUGCAGGGUUUUUGCUAGUUUGUAAUGUCGGUGUUCCAGGUAGAGAAACAGGGUUCUAUGCUUCUCGGGGUGGUAAUUCUUUUAACUUCUCUCCCUUCAGCAUAUUGCCCCCAAUAAUCUGGGUCCUCAUUUUACUGGAAGGAUGGAAGGCUAAGUUAACCUUCAGCCGGUCAGGAUCGAACUGCUGGCAGUUGGCAGAAUUAGCCUGCAACACUGCAUUCUAACCACUGCACCACUACAGCUCAUACUUGAACAGUGCUUAAUUUACCUUAACUACAUCACAUGACUGCUCAACAUUAAUCGGAGCUAAAUAUUCCAGGCACAAGUUUUUUAAGACUGGAGAGUGAGAAGGAAGGAGGAUGUUGAAACUACUGUUCCUUUUGAUCCUUUGGAUUCCACGCCGGAUUCUUUCCUACGUGAAACAGAUUUGGUCACGCAAACGCUACCCACCGGGACCUUUCCCACUUCCUGUGGUCGGAAGUCUAUGGUGGUUGCUGGGGACUGGCUAUUCAGAGAGGACUUUCAGAGAGCUGGCAAAGCAUUAUGGGAAUGUCUAUUCUAUGUGGGCAGGCAAUUUCCAUUUGAUCAUUUUCUCUGGAUACCAAGCGGUGAAAGAGGCACUGAUUGAGACUUCAGAAUUCUUUGCUGAUCGCCCAGUGUCACCUUUUAUUUCAGAGAUCACCAAAACCAAGGGUAUUAUUUUUUCAAACGGUCACACCUGGAAACAACAAAGACGGUUUGGUGUUGUUACCAUGAGGAUGUUGGGACUGGGGAAAAGUGGCAUGGAAUCCCAAAUCCAAGAGGAAGCCCAACAGCUUGUGGAAUUCUUUGCAGAUAAAAAGGGGCAGCCGUUUGACCCCUCCCUUCCCAUCAUGAAAUCGGUCUGCAAUGUAAUCUGUGCUCAAGCUUUUGGACAUCGCUUUUCUGUUGAAGACAAAAACUUUGCGAAGCUGAUGGAAGCCAGUUUUAAUGUCUUAAAAUUUGGAACCACCUUCUAUUACGCACUCUAUGAAUGUUUCCCACAUAUAAUGAAACAUCUGCCAGGCCCUCACCAGACUAUCUCACUUUCUGCAGAGAUGAUUCUUUCAUUUAUAAAAAAGGAGAUCAAACAGCAUAAGGAAUACCCAAGUCUGCACGAACCUCAAGAUUUAACUGAUUUCUAUCUCCUUCAAAUGGAGAAAAGCAAAGAUGAUCCCAAUUCUACUUAUGAUGAAGACAACUUGACUCACUGUGUUUUUGACCUCUUGAUUGCUGGGACAGAUACAACUUCAGCUUCUCUACUAUGGGCGUUGCUUCUCAUGGCAACUCAUCUGGAUAUCCAAGAUAAAGUACACAAAGAGCUGGAAGGCUUUUUCAGUUCAUCUCACUCAAUCUCUUACAAAGAUCAGAAAGCACUACCUUACACCAAUGCCGUGAUUCAUGAGAUUAUGCGAAAUAAAUAUGCCUUAUUUUAUGGGCUGACGAGAAAAUGUGUGAAGGACGUCUAUCUGAGAGGUUUUCUCAUCCCCAAGGGAGCUGUUAUUGUUCCAGACAUCCGUUCUGUUCUUUCGGAUCGUGAACAUUGGGAAACCCCUGAAGAGUUCAACCCAAAUCAUUUUUUGGACAAAGAAGGGAAUUUUUUGUUAAAAGAAGCAUUUCUUCCAUUUGGAGCAGGAGUUCGGGCCUGCUUGGGAGAGCUCCUUGCAAGGAUUGAGCUCUUCCACAUCUUUACCAGCCUGCUGUGGACAUUCAGACUGGAGCCACCAGAAGGAGUGGAAACGCUCAGUCAAGAGUGCGUACUAGGACUGACUGUGCACCCCUCUCCUUACAAGAUUUGUGCUAUUCCUCGUACUAGGACACCCUAAUAUGGACAAAUAACGAGAGGCUCCCUUGUUAAAAUUCGUAUUACGAUUUGUCUCUUGUUCAACAGUUAGUGAAUCUAUCACGCUCAGGAUUGUCUUUUCUUACCUUACUGCAGUGUUUCCCAAACUUGACAAUUUUAAGGCAUGUGGACUUCAACUCCCAGAAUUCCACAGCCAGCUUUGGGAAACACUGCCUUACUGAAUGACUACUCAAUCGAUGAAUCAGCAUAGAGCUGGAAGGGACCUUGGAGGUCUUCUAGCCCAACCUCCUGCUCAAGCAGGAAACCUGCCUGUACCAUUUCAGACAUGUGACUGUCCAGGCUUUUCUUAAAAACCUCCAGUGAAGAAACACC